UUUGCUAUCAAAAUUUUUGUUUUAAGAAGUAUAAAUAAAUCAGUAAAAGAUGUUGGGUGGCGAUGAUGGCUACAUUUACAAUCUGGAUACGCAACUAUCAGCGUCAGUGAAGAAGAUCAUGUUGCAGCGCAUAAAUUUCAAGGAAGCUGCCCAUCCUGACCAUGGAUCUUCAUUUCAUCAUAAAUACAAGCCAUUAAAUGCUGGCUAUAAACCAGGUCAAAUUAAAAGAGAGAAGAACAAAUGUGCCGUUCAAAAUGAUAUACCGAAACCAUCAGUUGUGUUGUUUCCAGAAGAAAGGAUUGUACUGCAUUGGAAAGAGAUAAGAAGAAUUGGACCUGGUUUAGGAAACAUGGGAAAUACUUGUUUUUUGAAUUCAGUGUUGCAAGUCUUAACAUAUACUCCUCCAUUAGCCAAUUAUCUGUUAUCUUGUGAUCACAAAAAUAAGUGCCAAUGUGUUGGAUUUUGUAUGCAAUGCGAGUUAAUAAUUCACAUAACUCGAAUAUUUCAUCACAAUCCACAACAUGGUUGUGUACGACCUUCAUCAAUUAUUGGGAAAUUAAGUUGUAUCGGUAAGACUUUCAGAGUUGGUAGGCAAGAAGAUGCACAUGAAUUUCUACGUUACGUUGUUGAAGGAAUUCAAAAGAGUGAUUAUGCUGGAAAACAGCUGGACAAAGCAUCUAAAGAAACAACUGUUGCGAAUGCAAUAUUUGGUGGUUACUGUAGAAGUCAAGUCAAAUGUUUGCAUUGCCAUCAUGAAUCCAACACAUUUGAUCCAAUCAUGGACAUCAAUUUGGAUAUUAAAGAAUGUUCUAAUAUCCUUCAGUCGCUUAACAAGUUUGUUCGACCAGAUCGUUUGGAUGGGGAUAAUAAAUAUUUCUGUGAAAGGUGUCGAACUAAGCGUGUUGCACAAAAACGAGAGACUAUCCAUCGAGAGCCAAAUGUUUUAACAUUGCAACUAAAGAGAUUCGAUUAUAGUAAAAUGUUUGGUGGUAAAAUAUCUAAAGAUAUCCAUUUUCCAGAUGCAAUGAACAUACGUCCUUUUAUGAGUAAUACUCAGGGAGAACCAGUUCACUAUGACCUGUAUUCUGUUCUGGUGCAUUCUGGGUAUUCUUGUAAUUCUGGUCAUUAUUAUUGCUAUGUAAAAGCACCAAAUGGAUCAUGGUAUGAAAUGAACGACAACAGGGUGUGUUCGGUAGGCUGGCACGUGGUGAAAAAUGCUCAAGCAUAUCUUCUAUUUUAUGUUAAAAAGAAACUAAAAACUAAGAAUUCUUAUCAGCAGCAAGUAAUCAACCAGCCUGCCCAAGUGAAUACAUCACUUCAUGCUGCACAGAAUGUGAAGAUGCCUCUUAAAACACCUAAUCCUAUAGGUGCUCCUGUUCAGCGGAAAAUAGAACCGAAAAUAAUAUGGAACAAAUCUAAACCAAGCAACUCUGGCAGUGUGGUUAACAAUAUGGAGGUUAAAGGAAGUGCUGAUGCUUUGUUGAAAGAGAAAGCUGCCAAACUCUCUGCUACGUUUUCACCAUUCAAAAUAAAAACAACAGACAACAAAGUUGAUUCUGAGAAAAAAGUUGCUUCUGAAAAGAAAAUAAACAGCCUGCAAAAAUUAAGUUUAUCGUACGGCGCUGAAACUGAUAGCGGGAGUUCAAGCAAUGCACCAUCCCCUGUUCUGCAUUCUACACCAGGCAAAGUCGACAUUCUCGCAGAAGACGUGAACAAUUCGCUUCAGGACGAAGAUAGUAAAACAGACUUGAAGCGCGACAAGCUCAGCCUUCCAUUACAUUUACACAACGAGCCAGCGAAAGAAAAAACCUCACCCAUCCGUAUCAAGCUGAAUCAUGGGAAACACUAUACACCGCACAGUAAAUUCAACAUUUGGUCUCCAAUCACGAAAGGUGCUCUCCAUCCCCGUGUCAUAAUUAAUCGUUGCCUGACUAAUGCUGACGGUGAGAAAACACCAGGGAAUGAGAGCAAGGGGAAAAUCUUAAAAGAAGAAAACUUGAGGACACUGGACAAAGUGUCUGCUCCGGUAAUGCCUCCGCAAUCAAUAACAAAAAGACACCGAAAUAACUCUAUCACGUCAGAGGCUAGCUCCACGAACAGUAUCCCGUCGCAGUCAGGAGAAUGGGACAUAUUAGAUAAACAAACGUUUCUCCCGAGUGCGCCUGUCAUACCAGAACGUCAGCAUGUAGGAUGGGAUGUGUCGAAGGUAGCAUCUUCAAGUGCGACUGACCGUUUAGACGAUACAUGUUUUCAAAAUAUUAGUGAAGGUAAACAGAAAAAGAAGAAAAAGAAAAUUCGCAAGGAGGAGAGUGAACCUCUUCUGUCUGAAGACACCUGGGUGGAGAUUAGUAAGGAAUCAAAAAAUCGAAAACGAAAGCAUGAAGUUGAAUAUUCUAUUUCCAACACGAAAGGUUUGAUGGAGGUCUCUUCACUGGCGCACAGCGAUGAAGAGGACGCCACAAAAAAGAAAAAGAAGAAGAAGAAGAAACUAAAACACAAGAAUGAGAAAAAUGACUCUCUCGAUAGUUCUACUGCACAACUUUGGUCUACGAAGGACUGUUGUGAUGAAGAUAAGGACCGACACGAAAAGAAAAAGAAGAAGAAGAAGAAGCACAAAAGAAAACAUUCUGACCUCGAGAAUAAUAAAGACGUGGAUACGCGGUAUAAUUAUUUUUCGAAUGUGGAGAAGACCUUCCAAAGAAUAAAACUUGGAAAGAAAUCUGCAUCUAAGAACGACUUGAAGUAUCAUCGAUUGAGUAGCAAAGUGAGUGAAGAAGAUUCACUGACAUCAGACGAGGGGAAUUAUAAACACCGAAAUGGCAGAUCUAGUUCCCCGGGCAGAGUAUUUAAAAAUCAUCACAGCAUACAUAAAAGUAAAAGCCACACAUCGCUACAUUCACGUCGUGGCCGCUCACCGGAACCAAAAUUACACAAAACGAAAUCGGGAAGCAGAGAUUCUUCACCCCAUUCAAAUAGUGAAUCUUUCCGAAAUAGGCAGACUGGUACUAGAGAAAGUUCGGAUAGAGAGGUUUCACUUUCAAGUAAAUCAAGGCGUCGCAACUCAGAUCAUGAGAAAGGUAGUGUAAAUAAAAGAUAUUCAAACAAACACCGCAGUUUUGAUCUUUCUCCUCUUUCCGACCAUGACCGGGAUCACUCCAGUGAUGAUAAAAGAGAAUUUAAAAAUCACGAAGGACAUCAACAUUCCGUUAAAAAAAAUGUACCUUGUCAUAUGUGGGAUGAAGAGAAAAAGAAAGUGAACAUCUGGGAUGGAUCAAAUAAAACAAAAACUGUUGAUUAUCUUUUAAGUAACACCACUGAAGUUUCAUCUUGGAAUGGUGCAGACAACAGCGAUACGUAUAGAAUAAACAAUCGACCCGAUGGAGAACGCCGGCAGGAUGAAUGGGAUGAGGAGUACGAUGUUGGAAAGAUGAAAAAGCAAAAGAAGUCACGUGACGGGUUUGAAUAUUCCAAAUCAAAUGCGUUUCAAGAACUUCAAAACUAUCGAAAUUAUACAAAGGACGCUCAUGUUACGCACCGGUCUCCAACAAAACACAACAGACAAAAUCACGGCCGAAAAUUUAAAAAGGACUUUAAUCGCCGUUAAACCGGAUUUUUACCCCGUGACAUAUACACAACAACAAUUCGAUUGUGCGGAUUUCUCGGAAAGAUAUCUGUUGCAUCACAAACAUCCAAUACACGUCCGUGUUUAGUGGUAUGCUUCCCAGUUCUACGGCAGCCGAUUAGCCAUAGUGCUUGCUACACAUGAUGACAGUUGUGUGGCGACAGUUUCUUCUACUUGCAUAAAUCGAUUUAUACAUAUAUUUUUUAUCUUCACGUUUAAUUUUUAUAAAGUUUGACGAUUGGAUAUAUUGUAAAUAUGAGUACCGCCUUCACAUGUCGGGGGCAAUCAGGAUCUCAAUUAAGGGUUUCUCUAGCUUAGUUCCUGCCUACAGUUUUCGCCAAGCUGAGGUUGAGUUGUUGCUUACGAUACUUUUCGCUAAAGCCCAGAUCACUAAUGUUAAACAUACUUUUAUGUUCAUUAAUAAUGUGUCCAUGGUUACAAAUCCAAUUGAAAGAAAUUUUGUGUUGGAUGACAACCAUAUUUCUUAAAUCCGAACCCAAACUGAGCACACGUUGUUAGAAAGCAUGUAAGGGUAUCUAUUAUUAUUUGGGAAUAAUUCAAAUUUACUCACUUUUAGCGUAAAACAUCACGCUGCGACAUGUUUGGAUUAAAGUCUGAUGCUAAUUGAACAUUUUUAUUGUUAUUUUGGACUCACGUGUUUUUUAUUGUACAGUGAAAUCUCUCUAUCUCGAACUACUAUCUAUCUGAAACUAAAGUCUCGGUCCCUUUGUGGUCCGCCUAAGGUAUUUUCCUUUCUCUAUCUCUCUAUCUCAAACAAAUUUUUUGUUUCCUUGGGAGUUCGAGAUAGAGAGAUUCCGAUGUAUACAAAGUUAAAAGGCGGUUAUUUUGAAAUUCAAUGUGAACAAAAAUUGCAAAUACCAUGCGGCAACAUUUCGCGCGCGAAAAAUGCGUUUUCAGUGUAAAUUUAGCUUUAAUUGAUGAGGUCAGCCCAGUAUUAUUUUACGGAGUUUCCAUACAAUGUUGAGCCUUUAUCUCCAUAGUGCAGUAAUCAUGGACUCACGGUCUGCAAAAUAAUUUCCAAGACCUAAAUUUCAAGAGCUGGUCACAUAAUUCCAAAAAAUAUAUAUACAGAAAUGUAGUUUUAAAAAUUAAGUUUUUUACAAAACGAUAUGAUAUAUUUUUAAGUUCAAGUAUUCCUGACUCCUUUAAAGAAGUCUAUGACCCUCCUCCCUAGGGCUGCUUGUUAUUACUUUAACAAAAAUGUAGUUUCAUUAAGCGGGGUGUAUAAUUAUGAAUGGAAAAAACGGAUUGUAAAACAAAUAUGCGGAGUUAAGAAAAUUUGCUUAAACCUUAAUAGCUGGUGUUAUCUUUUUAACACUACCUCACGUAUUUUCAAUUUUUAACUUUGCUUUGCGUAAAAAUUGUUAUUUAAAAUUAUUAUUAAUUCCGCCCUCUUUAUUGAAUCUGUAAAUAUUUAACUGUUCAGCUUCCAGAUACAAAGAUUUGAAGUUGGACAUUUUCUACGUUUAAUAAUGUUGAAUUCACACCAUUCUUGAUGAGUUCAGUGCCAAUCAUCCUUUAAUCAGUUAACUCCCCAUGUUAAGGUGUUUCUUAUUUUUAAAGUAAGAUACAUUAAUAUAGGGGAACGGGUUUUUUUACAUUGAUUGAAAAUAUGUCGCCCGAAAAAAAGUAAGGUGUUAGCGUCACUGUUAUAUUUUUGUUGUGUGGCUCAUUUAAGUUUGAAUGAUAAAUUUUUGCUAUAACUUAAUUACUUUUCGCGAGAUCCAAGAAAUACAUUAUCUCGAGAUAUUUAACUAAAGAACUAAAGAACCAAAGAUUUUAACUAAAGAACCAAAGAUUUUUUACGAUAAACUAUUUUGUGAAUCUAAUUUUUUAUGGAACGUUUAACUAAUUUCAGGCCUUUUUAUCUAAUAGCCUUUAAUUGACUGGCAAUAUCGCAGGGGCUAUUUUUUUUGCGCAGACAAUUUUUCGCGGAAAUUAAUCUACUUAAUCUAGCUAAUAUUAAGAGAUUUUAUAAUCGUGAUAUUUUGACCAACUUGUUUUAAAGGAUGGUGUGCAACGGAUAAAGGAAGUUGGAAAUAACUUUACGAGCUUAUGUAUUAUAUAUUAUUGAGUUUAAUUCAAUAUUUUUUGAAAAUCUGUACUACACAAUUUUUUAAGGGAAUAAAUACAAUAUGGGUUGAUUCA